GUACACCGAGUUAAGUGAUACAAGUUUAGAUGGAUACUGAAUCUCCUACCUUGGAAAAAUACUAUAUAUUCAUAUACACUAGCUAUACCUGUCUUUCCACAUCUUUGAUCAGUGGAUUUUUUUUUAUAAAUUUUUUUUACAAUCCUGAUAGUUAAGCCUAUUUUAAUCUCAACUUUUUUACCAUUAUUUAUUGUUAAUGUAUUUGGAAUUAUCAAUAGAACAUUUACCAAAUAUAACAGCAUUAAAAAUAAAUUAUAUUUGAAAGAAAAAUUGUUCAAAUUAAAAAGAAAAAAAAAAAAAAAAAUUAUAUUUAUAUCCUUAUUGUAUUUUUUUUUUAAAUUGUCAUGCAUUUUAAAAUUUACUUGGGUCUUUGAACUUGUUAAAAAAAAAUUUUUUUUAUUUUCAUUCUUUCGUUACUUGGUAAAUUGAAAAAAAAAAAAAAAAAAUUUUUUUUUGAGACAAGAUGAACGAAGACAACGGUCAACCCUCGUCAUUCAUCAAGAUUUGUAUAUCAUAAGGCAAGACAGAUUGCCAGCAAGUUGUUAAACGUAUAGAAUAUGUAAAAAAAAAAAAAAACAAAAGUUGAAAUAAAAUAAAAUAAGGUAGAGGUGAAGGAAAAAGAGGUGGAUAACGCCAGAAGAAGACACCAGAACGAAAAGUCGAGGACAAGAGGGAACGUUGCAAUUCUGACCCCUCGGGAGUCGUCGUUGAUCAGUCCUGGUGAACACAAGUGUGCCUCUGAGAUCCAAAGAAUCAUCUUUGGACUCUCUGGAAAUCUCAACGACAGUCUUCGACAUCUUGACAUUAUACAUACUCAUCAGGUGAAACUAAAAAAAGAUAACAAGAAGAGCCAGUAAUAAGGAAGUGGAAGAAAUAAAAAGAAUGGCAAAAAUGGGAAAAACAAAACUUGUCCCACCUGAUGGUGGCUGGGGUUGGGUAGUGCUGAUGUCUGCAUUGACUGUUAAUUUUCUUAUUCCUGGUACAGUAAAAUCAUUUGGCGUACUUUUUGUUGAAUUUCUUCAAGUAUUUAAAUCAUCACCAACAGCUGCUUCAUGGAUUCCAGCACUUUGUUAUUUUCUCUACAGUUCACUUGGACCAUUAUCGAGCGUUCUUUCUUUAAAAUACUCUUAUAAAACUGUGACAAUGAUUGGUGGUGCAUUUGCUGCAAGUGGAAUGAUGCUCAGUUAUUUUGCAACAUCUGUUACUUAUCUUUACAUCAGUUAUGGAGUUAUGGUUGGAAUUGGAGCUGGACUUACAUUUCCACCAACAGUUUACAUUGUCACAUCAUAUUUUGUAAGGCUACGUGGUUUUGCAACUGGACUAUGUAUAUCAGGAAGUGCAAUUGGAACCAUUGUUCUUCCGCUGUUUUUGCAGUAUCUACUUAAUCAUGUUGGACAUAGAGGAGCAGUAUUAAUUAUGGGUGCAAUAUUAUUGAAUACUAUUAUUGUUGCUCUUCUUUAUCAUCCAGUUGAACAACACAUGAAAGAAGUACCAGAUGAAGGAAUUGACAAUGAAGCAAUGACAAUGGAAGAAGAAUCAAUUACUGAAGAUAAAUCAACACAAUCAAUAACUGAUCUAAAUGCACCAGUUAUAUCAAAAACAGAUACAACAAAUACAUCAACAAAUCAUCUCGCUGAUCUAUCAAAAGUUUUAGAAAAAACUCUAACAAUGCCAGACAUUGAUGAAAUAGAAAUAACAAAAACUGAUCAAGAUGAAAAUAAUCCAGAUGACUCACAAAAAAAUAAUGAAAAUUUAGAUAAUAAUAAAAAUAAUGAAAUUGAAGAUAAAUUACCAACUGAGGAAGAAAAUUCAGUAGUAAUUAAUGGUGAAAUUGAAAAUACAAAAAGUAUUAAUUCAGCAAUUGGUAUAUCAACACCAUCAUUGAGUAGAAAUAAUUCAAUUCGUAAAAGUAACAAAAGUGGAUUUCAUUUAACUCGUCAACACAGUAUUGUUUCAGAAAUGGGACCAAUUGCCUUAACACCAAAAAUGAAUGUUCCAAGUAUGUUUAGAAGAUUAUUUAAAACUCAAAAUAACAGUAAAAAACGUAAUUCUAAUACAAAAAAUGUGACAAUAACAACUGAUGAUAUUGAAAAAACAAAAAAACAAGAAAAUAAAAAAAUAUCUGUUGCAUCAUCGUCAUCAUCAUCACCAUCAUCUGAUAGUAGUAAUGCAAAUUUUUUUGAUUUAAGUGUUUUAAAAGAUCCAAUUUAUCUUGUAAUAUUAAUAUCAAAUUCAACAUCAGCAAUUAGUAAUACAAAUUUUAUGAUAUUAUUACCAUCUUAUGCAAUAUCAGAAGGUUUUGAUAAAAAUAUGGCUGCAUUAUUAUUAUCAAUUGUAUCAGCAUUGGAUCUUGUUGGUAGAAUUGGUGGUGCAUCAUUAUCUGAUAUUGAUUUUAUUCCAAAAUAUUAUUAUUUUGUUUGUGGUCUUGGUAUGAGUGGUGUUGCUUUGGCACUUUUACCAAUGGCAACAACUUACACAAUGUUAUCAUUUUUUUGUGCAUUAUUUGGUUUAUCAUCUGGUAUGUAUAUUGGUAUUACAACUGUUAUAUUAGCUGAUAUGUUGGGAACUGAAAAAUUAAGUUCUUCAUAUGGUAUAUCAUUAUUUGUUAAUGGUGUAUUACAAUUAAUUGGACCACCUAUAUGUGGUGUUAUAUUUGAAAAAGUUGGUACUUAUAAACCAAUUUUUCUUGCAUUUGGAAUUAUUCUUAUUCUUGGUACUGCUCUCUGGGCUUUAGUUCCCAUUUUUCAAAGAAGAAAAAACAAAUUAAUGCUUGAUGUUGUUUGACAUUUUUAUUAUUUAGUACUUAUUUUUAAUCAUUCAUGCAUUGAUUUUUUUUAUUUUUUUUUACCUUUUAAUUUCAUAUAUACAUUAUUCCAUCAAUAUUUUUUUCAUUAUUUUUAUUUCUCUGGUGAAAAUAUUUCUGUGAAUUUUUAUAGAUUAUUAUUUGUAUUUUUCCAUAUCAUUUCGCAAUUGGUAUGUUUAAAGAAAAUCCAGAGAAAUAUUUUCAUUAAUACUUCAUUUAAAAAUGAGAUUAUUUUUACUAAUCAAGUGUUAGUUUUUUAGUUCUAAAAUACUUAAUUAUAUUUUAAAAUUUUGAUUGGAAUGAUUACUUAAAAAUACAGAAUAAUGAAGGAGUAAUAUGAAGUUCUAAUUAUUGUAUAGAAAAAUUGGUCUUUUUCCGGAGAAAAAUCUAAAAUAAUAUCUGAUUUUUUUUCGGUAAAAAUUCCGAAAAAUAUUUUCACUAGAGUGAGAUUCUAAAAAAUGUAAGUUUCGAUUCCUUGCAAAUUUUUCAUUGUUUAUUAUAACAUUAUCUUUUUUUUUCUGUAAAAUGACUUAUUUUCAUAUUCAUGUAGGUAUAUUAAAUUUUUUUCUUUCUUGUAUUUAUCUCUAGUCAUAUUUUUUAAGAUUUGUACAAAUGAAAUCGAGUUGAUUAUACUUUUACUUAGUGAAAUUGAAAUAAAAAUUGCGAAUAAAAAGGACAAUUUGAUUUCAGUAUGGUAAUUUUUGUUUCUACUUAUUUCUGCAUUGCAUUACAAGUCUAAAAAAAUUAAUCCACAAAACUCAAACCCGUAAUUAUUGUUGAAAUUCAAUAUAUUAUAAAUUUUCCCACUUGAACUAAAAACAUGAAAACUGUAAUAGUAAUAAUUUAAUAAGCUAUGAAAUAAUAAUAUGUAUUUUUAUUUGUGCAAAUAUGAUAAUUUUUUUUUUUCAUAAAACUAUUAUUAGAUUAUACAUGUAGAAGUAUAAGAUAAAUAAUAAUUUCUGACUCAUUUAUUUUAAAUAAAAGAUAUAAAUAGUUUAAGUUUUGAUAAUAACAAUUGUAAUUUUUAAUUUAUAAUUUGGAUAUUAAAUAUUACUUUAACCCUAAUUAUAUAAAUGUGCGUGUAUAUAUAUAUAUAUGUAUCAGAAUUCAUCUUCAAUUGGUUGUAUGAUGAGUCAUCAUUGAUGACUGACGAGUAAUUUUUAUCAAAUUAAUUGUCAUAACAGAAUAAUUGUGCUUAAUCAACCAUUUUUUUGUCGGAGAUGGUUACAACCAUUUAAUCAGCUUAUAAUUAUACAAAUCGCAUGAAACUAUAGCAAACAUACGAAUACGAUUAAUUGAAUAUAUAUUCAAAAACAAUUAUGUAGGAAUAAUAAAUUUAUUUUUACAGUUUACAUUAUUUUUUUUUUAUUUUUUUAUUUUAAAACAUUUUUGAAAGAUUACUUGCCAUAGUAAUCAAUAUCAAUUGAAACAUUAUUAAUAAACAAUUUAAAUAUUAAUUAAACAAUAUAUUUUAUUGAUAUCCUGAUAAUUGAAUUGUCUCAUUUUAUCUGAUGGUUAUUUUUCUUAUUUACUGCCCUUUUUCUGCAGAAUAUUUAUAAUACAUAUAUAAUAUUUAAAGUAUAAUAUAUAAUAAUAAAGAGACCUAUAUACCUUUUCCAAUUAUGUAUAAUGAUUUUAUACAAUAUUACCUUUUUGCUUAUUAGUUAUUAUAUCAUUGAUAUUUAUUUGAACAUUGAUAAUUAACCAUUAAAACCAAAAACAUGUACUUGCACAUUUCCAACAUGGAUCGCAACCGGUGAUAUAGUGACAUUCAGUUGCGUUUGAGCCAUCGUACUUUCUCGACCAGCACCACAUCUUAAGAACUGCACAUCCUGCCCAACAUUUCCCUUCGUCACAUCCAUAUUCAUUAGAGUAACAUGAAAUUGAGGCGGGACGUGUCUGAUACCACUUUCCUCUUUUGACACGUUCAUUUGAAGUUUCAUUAUAAUUUUGUGGUAAUGAAUUUACACAAAAAAGUGUACUCAAAUUCAAAACUAUUA